UUCAGCAUGGAGCAGGAGAUGAAGAUCAGUGAUGUGGAGGAUAAAGCCAACCUCUUGGAGAGCAGCAUGCGUCUGAAACCCCAUGAGGCUCAGAGUUACAGAAAGAAGGCAUUAUACGUAUCGUGGGUGUCGAUCGUGGUGACUCUAAUCCUCGCCAUUGCUGCUUUCACUGUUUCGGUGAUGAAAAGCAGCGCGUCUUCAUUUGGCUUUGCGUUUGAUGCCAUACUUGACGUGCUGAGCUCCAUUAUUGUGCUGUGGCGUUACAGCAACGCAGCAGCGGUUCAUUCAGCCCACAGAGAAUACAUGGCGUGUGUAGUUUUGGGGGUGGUGUUCAUCCUGUCUGCUCUCACCAUUCUGGUUAAGGCUAUCUAUGCCCUUGCCUCAAGAGUACCACCAGAAGUGGACGACCUCCUUUACAGCAUGUCGGUGAUCAGCGGCCUGGCGUGUUUCAUGUUGGCAAUAUUCAAGUGCAUGCUAGGAAAAGUACUCACCAGCAGGGCUCUUAUCACAGACGGCUUCAACUCAUUGGUGGGUGGAAUCAUGGGUUUCACUAUUCUCAUCAGUGCCGAAGUGUUCAAGCACAAUGAAAAGGUUUGGUAUUUGGAUGGCGCCGUUGGUGUUCUGAUCGGACUCGUCAUCCUCGCCUACGGUGUCAAGUUGCUGAUUGAUAUGGUUCCUCGGGUGAGACAAACCAGAAACUACGAGCGCUUCGAAUAGGAUUAAAACCGUCUACACAGAAUGGACUGUAUCUGCAUCUGCAUAAGCAGCAACACACACACACACACACACACACACACAGAGCACAACACUCCACUGCCCAUCAUCGUCUCAGACAUCACUUUCUCUUUUAAGAAAAAGACAAAGAAGUGGAAGUUACAGCCUUAAGAUGGAACUGGAUGAAGCAAGCGGUUAUUUGUGAGAUACAGAGUGUCUCAAUCCGUCGUGUUUAAAAUACACCCGCCCUACUAGUACAGAACCACUGAAUGUGCAGUUCAGCGUUUAUAAAGGGGAACACACUCUGACAGACUUGAUAGAGGAGGAAAGUGUUGAUACGAUAAGCACACACACACAGGGGUAACGAAAAGUUCCUGCUGAUAAAUAAUACUGUUUAAUUAAGCAUCAAUAUCCUAUGUUACACGUUCAUUAAAAUGCUGCACAGGCCCAAUUGACCUUGGAUCUACCUAUUUUGGAUCUACAUUUUUACCAGCUGGGCUACAAUAGGCUGCAGCAUUGACUUAAAGCCAGUCUUGAGGGCAGAAUGUAUAAAUAAAUAUAUUAUAAUACCACGCCUAUAGUAUAGAUGCACAUAACACCUCCAUGUGUCACAGGCUGCAGGAUGCCUGUAUGGAAAAGGUCACUGGAAAUGAACACAACGUUUUUUUUGGACUCAUCUAGCUGACAUGAUGGAACAUUUAGACAGGGUAAUCUCCUUCGGGAUGACA